AUGGCGGCUGUUGCGGAAAGCAGAGUCCUGACUUACAGCGUUUUCAAAUGGAGCUCCUUUUCUUCCACGUAUCUCCCCGAGAAUAUCUUGGUAGACAAACCCAAUGACCAGUCUUCCCGGUGGUCGUCUGAGAGCAAUUACCCGCCACAGUUUUUAAUCUUGAAGCUGGAGCGUCCAGCGAUCGUUCAGAGUGUUACGUUUGGGAAGUACGAGAAAACACAUGUGUGUAAUCUAAAGAAGUUCAAAGUUUUUGGAGGCAUGAGUGAAGAGAACAUGACUGAGCUGUUGUCCAGCGGCCUUAAGAACGACUACAACAAAGAAACGUUUACUUUGAAGCACAAGAUCGAUGAGCAGAUGUUUCCCUGCAAAUUCGUCAAAAUAGUGCCUCUGAUGUCGUGGGGUCCCAGUUUUAACUUCAGCAUCUGGUUCAUUGAGCUUCACGGCAUCGAGGAGCCGGAUGUGGUGCAGCCAUGUCUCAACUGGUACAGCAAGUACAGGGAGCAGGAGGCCAUCCGGCUGUGCCUCAAACACUUCCGGCAGCACAACUACACCGAGGCAUUUGAGUCUCUGCAGAAGAAGACCCGGAUCGCCCUGGAGCAUCCCAUGCUCACCCACCUGCAUGAGAGGCUGGUGCUGCAGGGAGACUUCGACGCCUGCGAAGAGCUGAUCCACAAAGCUGUUAAAGACGGCCUGUUUAACCAGUACAUCAGUCAGCAGGAGUACAAGCCACGCUGGAGCCAAAUCAUCCCCAAGUGCAACAAAAGUCCAAGUAGUCAAGAGCCGCCACGAGAGGAUCCUAAUAGUGAUAAUGACGACAACCGGCCUGGGAUGAGAGGAGGGCAUCAGAUGGUUAUUGACGUACAAACAGAGACUGUUUAUCUUUUCGGGGGCUGGGACGGCACUCAGGACCUGGCCGACUUCUGGGCCUACAGUGUCUCGGAGAACCAGUGGACCUGCAUCUCCAGAGACACCGAGAAGGAGAGCGGCCCAUCGGCUCGCUCCUGUCAUAAGAUGUGCAUAGACUCGGUGCGCAGGCAGAUCUACACUCUGGGCCGGUACCUGGACUCGAGCGUGAGAAACAGCAAGAGUCUAAAGAGCGACUUCUAUCGAUACGACAUCGAGCAGAACACCUGGAGCCUGCUGAGCGAAGACACGUCGGCAGACGGAGGGCCCAAGCUUGUGUUCGACCAUCAGAUGUGCAUGGACUCGGAGAAGCACAUGAUCUACACCUUUGGGGGGCGCAUUCUCACCUGUAACGGCAGCAUGGAGGACACACGCACCACCGAGCCGCAGUUUUCUGGUCUCUAUGCUUUUCAGUGUGCCAGCGCAACCUGGAGGCUGCUGAGGGAAGACUCUUGUAAUGCAGGACCAGAGGACAUCCAGUCCCGCAUAGGGCACUGCAUGCUCUUCCACACAAGAAAUCGUUGCUUGUAUGUGUUUGGGGGCCAGCGGUCCAAGACGUAUCUGAACGACUUCUUCAGUUACGACGUGGACGGAGAUCACGUGGAGAUCAUUUCAGACGGAACCAAGAAGGACUCAGGCAUGGUUCCCAUGACGGGCUUCACACAACGCGCCACCAUCGACCCGGAGCUGAAUGAGAUCCAUGUGUUGUCCGGACUCAGCAAAGACAAAGACAAACGAGAGGAGAACGUCCGCAACUCGUUCUGGAUUUAUGACAUCGCCCGCAACAACUGGUCAUGUGUUUACAAGAACGACCAGGCGGUGAAGGAGAACCCCAAAGCUCUGCAGGAGGAGGAGCCGUGUCCGCGCUUCGCUCAUCAACUGGUGUACGACGAGAUGCACAAGGUGCAUUAUUUAUUCGGAGGAAACCCGGGGAAGUCAAGCUCUCCAAAGAUGCGUCUGGAUGAUUUUUGGUCUCUGAAACUGUGUCGACCAUCAAAGGAAUAUCUGCUGCGACAUUGCCGAUACCUCAUCCGCAAGUACAGGUUUGAGGAGAAGGCCCAGUCAGAGCCUCUGUCUGCACUCAAGUAUCUACAGAACGAUUUGAGUCUCACAGUGGAUCAUAGUGACCCUGGAGAGAUCAAAGAGUUCCAGCUGUUGCCGACUGCUUUGUUCAAGUCCAGCUCUGACUUCAUCCCUUUGGGUUUCUCAGAUGUGGACCAGACUUACGCACAGAGGACCCAGCUCUUUGACACGCUGGUCAACUUCUUCCCCGACAACAUGACCCCGCCCAAAGGAAACCUGGUGGACCUCAUCACGCUCUAG